GUGAAUGUAUUUGUAAACUUUUGGAAUACCAGGAAAAUCUCAUAGUCUAACACCAGGUCAUAAGAAUUUUAUAUCUGAUCAAGAAGCUGAUGAAUUAAGAAAAAAACACUUCUUAUUCAUAGAUAUGACAAGUGAUAAUUAUUUAAUGUCAAAUGAUGUAGCAUCUGAUUGGCCAUAUGGAAGAGGAAUCUGGUUAAGUUAAGAUGAAACUAAAAUGGUUUGGGUAGUUGAAGAAGAUUAAUUAAGAAUUAUUUCAAUAGUUUAAGGUAAUGAUUUAGGUAAAGUUGAUUAAUCUCUUCAUGAAUUAUUAACAGGAAUUGAAAAAAGUGGUUUAAAAUUUGCUAAACAUCCAGUCUAUGGUAUAAUUACAACAUGUCCAACAAAUAUGGGAAUUGGAAAAAGAUAAUCCAUAUUAGGUAAGUUCCCAAAUAUUAGUAAAAAAGGAACAGAUGAAACUAAUUUAAAAGAAAAAGCAAAAUCUAUUAGAUUAAAAGCAAGAGGAACAGGUGGAGAACACUCAUCUAUGGAUUAAGAAGGAACAGCUGAUAUUUGACUAUCAGCCAGAUUCGGAGUUACAGAGGCUCUUGUAACAAAGAGAUUAUUUGAAGGAUUAAUUGUUCUCUAUUAAUUGGAAAAAACAACAGUUCCAGAUAAGGGUAGAAAUUAUUGUUUGCAUAACCUUUUGA